AUGGCCUUCAACGGGAUGAGCCAGGUCCCGUCAGUCACGCAGCGCCCGCUCGCCGUGACGGCGACGCAGUUCUCCUCCUUCGCAACCCCCGCCAUCACCGUCCCCUUCCCCUCGAUCUACGCCGGCCAGUCGCAGAUCCCCUUCCAGUUCACCAACACGGCCACCUUUGCCGCAACUCGCAUCCCUACCACGAUCGGUGGGGUUGCUGCGACGUCCGGUGUCGCUUCCAUCAAUGCGCAGGCGAGCUCGGCGGGGUACAAGACCUCUGGGUACGGCAACAACGGCGGAGGGGGAGGGUGGCCGACAUGGGCGACUGCCGUCAUCGCUGCGUGCGGUGGCGCGGCAGUCAUCUUGAUCGUCAUUGGACUGUUCUGCUGGCGGUGGAGGAGGAAGCAGAAGGCGAGGAAGAGGGCUGCGGCGGUCCUGGCGGCUUCUGGAGGUGGACCGCCCAGACAUCGCAAGCUCGCCAAGGACGGUGGCUUGACGGAGAAGCCUGCAGGAGGUGUUGCGGCGGAUGCACGGAGAACAAAAAACAGGCGGAACGAGGCGGCUUUGGCGGCGGGAGUGGGUGCAGGAGCUGGAUUGGCCGCAGCAGAUGCCCGGUCUCACUCGCAGGGCAAGUCCCGGAGACAGCGCGGGCCAUCGCCGCAGGACGGGGCAUACCCUCCCAUGCCGUUCGCCGAAGACGCUGCAUCAGGUCGCAACUCUCCCUCUCGAGCCCGCGCACGCGACCUCGCCGCCCUCGGAAUCAACCGACCCGCCUCUCGCUCGCCGAACCGCCAGCGCAACCACCCCGACUACCCCGCGCUCGCCCAACCCGCACCAGUCUUUGCGCCGCGGCACCAGCGCGACUUCUCCGCCGGCUCGACGAGCGAGCUCCUCCCGCCUGCCGCGCCGUUCGCAUACCAAGAAGGCGACUCGCGGCGACGGAAAGGCUACGAGACGCCUCCCCCUCGUGCACCGAAUACGCACUGGGACGACGGCUCGCCGGGCCAGACUGGCUCGCCUGCACGGCUGCUCGCGAACGCGGACGGCUACGGCUCGGGCUACGAGCAGCAUGGUGAUACGCCGCGCAGUAGCAUGACUGUCUCGACCCGCGGGACAGGCGGAGCGCCGUACAGGUGGGAUCAGGAGCGCGACCUGCAUGCGCAGAUGUCGCCGGACGUGUAUGAUGCGUCGGCUGCACUUGGGCGGGCGAUGAUGGGCGGAGAGGACGACGCGAGUCUGGCGGACGCAUCGAGUGGAUCGAGUGGCAAUCGUGGCGGGGUGGGCGUCGUUCUGGCUGGACCGGCGCAGGACGGCAGGUGGGCGAACGAAGAGUCGCCGCAGUACCCGCAUGUCCGCUCCAGCUCGCCCAACUACCCGCCUUCAUCCAAUGGCGACCACGCCUCUGUCGCCACUUCCCGCGCUCCCUCUCGGCAGCACCAGCACAGCAUCCGCCGCUCCCUCUUCGCCGGCAGCGCCGACGGUCACGGCGUUUCUCGUUCGACAACUCCCGUCGACCACGCCGGCCUCGCUUCUUCCGCCUCGAUGCCCGCUCUCGGUGCACCUAUCGCUCUCGACCACGCACGAGCGCCCAGUCGAGCCGAAUCGAGGCGGACGAGGAACGAGAGUCAAGCGUCGACCUACGAGACGGCAAACGACGAGGCGGCCGGUCGGAGCAGCGGCGAAUACCCAUCGCGCUCGCGCACGCCUUACUAG